AUGGCGACGCCUGUAGCUGUCGCGGAGCGGGAGCUGCGCGAGUAUCUGGACGUCGCUGUCACGGCCGCUCGCCACGCGGGCGAGGUGAUUCGCCGCGGCUUCAAUGCACCAAAGGACGUGCAGCACAAAGGCAAAGUCGACCUGGUCACAGAAACGGACAAGCAAUGCGAGGCACUCAUCAUGCAGCACAUCUCAGCUGCUUACCCCUCCCACAAGAUGAUUGGCGAGGAGGAGUCAUCAUUGCAUGGCACUGCGGGGCUGUCAGACGAGCCCACGUGGAUGGUGGACCCGCUCGAUGGCACCACCAACUUCGUGCACCGGUACCCAUUCGUGUGUGUGUCCAUCGGGCUGGCCAUCAACAGGGCGGUGGUGGUGGGCGUGGUCUUCAACCCCAUCCUCAACGAGAUGUUCACAGCGAUGAGGGGUCAUGGUGCCAUGCUCAACGACGAGCCCAUCCAUGCAUCCUCUCAGACAGACAUGGGGUCAGCGCUGCUCGCCACUGAGAUCGGCACCAAGAGGGACGCAGGCACAGUGGCAGGGCUCACAGGGCGCAUCAGCAACCUGCUCUUCCAGGUGCGCUCGCUGCGCCUGUCAGGGUCGUGUGCGCUGAACCUGGUGGGAGUGGCGUGCGGCCGCCUCGACCUCUUCUAUGAGAUCGGCUUCGGGGGACCCUGGGAUGUAGCAGCGGGGUCGCUGAUAGUGGAGGAGGCGGGCGGCCUCUGCUUCAACCCCUACCACCCGCUGCCCGUGGUGUUCUCGGAGGCGCACGGCGCGCGCAUCACGGACCCCGAGGGGCGCGAGUACCUUGACUUCCUCUCCGCCUACUCCGCCGUCAACCAGGGCCACGGCAACGCGCGCAUCCUGGCGGCGCUGCAGCAGCAGGCGGAGCGCUGCACGCUGUCGUCGCGCGCCUUCCACAACGACCGCUUCCCCCUCUUCGCACGGCGCAUCACGGCGCUGAUGGGGUACGACAAGGUGCUGCCCAUGAACACGGGCGCGGAGGCCGUGGAGACCGCUCUCAAGGUGGCACGCAAGUGGGCGUACGAGAAGAAAGGCGUGCCUGCCAACCAGGCGCUGGUAAUCUCCUGCUGCGGGUGCUUCCACGGGCGCACGAUGGCGGCCAUCAGCAUGUCGUGUGACAACGACGCCACGCGCGGCUUCGGCCCGCUGCUGCCGGGCAACCUCAAGGUGGACUUCGGGGACGUGGACGGGCUCAAGCGCUUGCUGGAGGAGCACGGCCCACGAGUGGCGGCGUUCAUAGUGGAGCCCAUCCAGGGCGAGGCGGGCGUGUUGGUGCCCCCGGAGGGGUACCUGCGGGCGGUGCGGCAGCUGUGCUCACAGCACGGCGUGCUGCUGCUGGCCGAUGAGAUCCAGACGGGGCUCGCCCGUACUGGCAGGAUGCUCGCAUGCGACCAUGAGGGCGUGCGCCCUGACGUGCUCAUCCUGGGCAAGGCGUUGGGAGGGGGAGUGGUGCCGGUGAGUGCGGUGCUGGCAGACGAUGACGUCAUGGGGUGCAUCCGCCCCGGCGAGCACGGCAGCACGUUUGGCGGCAACCCCUUGGCGUCAGCAGUGGCGAUGGCAGCUCUGGCGGAGAUUGAAGAGGGCGGGCUGGCCCACAGGGCGCAGCGGCUGGGGGAGCAGCUACAGGCGCAGCUGAAGGCAGUGCAGGCGCGUUACCCCCAUCUGAUCCAGGAGGUGCGGGGGCGAGGGCUGCUGGUGGCGGUGCAGGUGGCGGGGGAGGGGCUGCCGGGGGGAGUGACGGCGCUGGACGUGUGUGUGGCGAUGAAGGAGAGGGGCGUGCUGGCCAAGCCCACCCACAACACCAUCAUCCGCCUCGCCCCCCCACUCACCAUCUCGUGCGCGCCCUAUCAUUCUCGCUCAUGCCCUGGCUCACUCAUGCCCUGUCUCUCUCAUCUCAUGCCCUCGUGCUUUCGCCCAUUCAUCCCCUCACUCAUUCACCCCCUCACUCAUUCAUCCCCUCAUCCCCUUACUAAUCCGUUCCCUUGUGCCCCCAUGCUGUCAUCGCUCCACCUGCUGAAGCCCUGUCAAUUUGAGGAGGAGCUGGGGCGGGCAGCAGCAGCGCUGGAGGCGGUGUUGGGGGAGGACAUGCCGCGCCUCGUGGCGCAGGCUGCUGCUGCCGGCGCCGACAAAAAGACCCACAGCAAGGAGCCCUGCGACCGCUGCGGCCGUGUGCGCUGA